CGUUUUCAGUUUGUGUCGAAGGGGGCGCAACGUGAACGAAUCCCUCUAACACCGCUAACACUGAACUCUAUCCGCAGGGGACGAGCUCACCCCUGAUUGUAUGAGUUCUCAGGAGUCAGACCCCCGUCCUCCACAGACCAGAGCCCCUAAUUACCUAAACAACAGGUCCGAGAAGAACCAUCCGCUUUACUGCAUGUCGGCCCAUAAAUUCUGUCCAGCUCUUCUUUGCUCUUGUGACUUCAAAGUACUGAAGGAAACUUCAGCCGCUGUUUUGUGCGCACCUGCUCCUCUCUUCCAGAGGACCCCGGAGAGUAGUUCAAAAUGAAUUCAACUGUUUUUAACGACACAGACAGCGCUUUGUUUUCCAACAGAAGCAGCGAGAGCUUUCUUGCGUGCUGUAAUUUGUCCUCGGUGGUGACGGACAGCGGGUUUGUGUCCGCGGCGCUGGACGAGCGCAGCGUCUUCAUCAUGCGCACGGUGCAGAUCGCGGUGAUGUGCGUGCUGGCGCUCACCGUGGUCUUCGGCAUCUUCUUUUUAGGUUGCAACUUGCUCAUUAAGUCCGAGGGCAUGAUCAACUUUCUGGUCACGGACAGGAGACCGUCAAAGGAUGUCGAAGCGGUCAUCGUGGGAUCGUACUAGUGCGUAAAAGUUUCACGCGCGCAUUGGUAACGUGUGAAACCGUCCGUAUUGCCCUCCAGAAACAAAGAGAUGAAGAAGAAAUUGGCACAUUACAUGUAUGAUUCAGUGUUUACCGUUUCCACUGGUGGAAAAGUGCAGUUUAUAAGAAAAGCGAAGGUGAAAAGAGUACCUUGAGACCUGGUGACUGAAAAGAACAAAAAAAGAGGAAACAUCACGACAUGGACUGUUUUGCUCACUCUGUGGACCACGAGUGAUUAAUGCUCAUGUGAUUAAUGCUUGUGGAAUAAACUGCUGUUUUCAGACUGCUGAGAUUUAUGUGGGUAAACACUGCGUACAUUUUGAGUAAUGCAUUUAAAGUUUAAAUGAAGGAAUAUUUUAUACUGGGUGUGCAACUAAAGCUGGAUAUUUAAGUCUAUUUUGUGCAAUAUUCAGUCACAGAUGUCUUUGUUGUGCAACAGUAUGUUAUUCAACUAAUUUACUGUUAAAUUACACUUGGAAAUUUUUAUAUGUUGUCCAGCAAAACUGUGGUUUGCACUUACUGUAAUUUGCAUGUUUAUGGGUGAAUUAUGGAUGAAUUCUGUAGCAUGGAUUUAUUACAGUGAGGUAAAUUUGAAACUGAUAAAUGUAAUGGAUAUCCCUGCAUCACUGUGACUUCAAACUAAUUUUCGUUUUUUCAAUUAUAUAAAAGGCAAGUACAAAAUAACUGACUCAUCAUUAUUACAUUGUUCUUUGGUUUUUCACUGAAGCAGAUUGCA